AUGAAUUCUUAUACUUAUCUUCAUCGUAUUAAAUAUUAUCCUCAUUUAUGUCGACAAAAUAAAGAAUUAAUGUGUUUUUAUGAUGAAACAUAUAUGUGUAUAUGUGAUCAUAAUCGAUUCUCAAAUUGUUUUAUCUUUAAUCAUUCGAUAACUUAUGAUUGUCAAGGUCAAAAUUAUUGUGAAAAUAAUGGUAAAUGUUUUCAAGAUAAUCCAAAAUGUCCUGUUCAAGCAUUGUGCAUAUGUGCGGAUUGUUAUUAUGGUUUAAAAUGUCAAUUUACUACGCAAGGUUUUGUUUUAUCACUUGAUUAUAUUCUAAGUUAUCAUAUUAAACCAAAUCGUUCAUUUUCUCACCAACCCGCGAUUAUCAAAAUAAGUAUAGGUAUAAUAAUAUUUAUGUUUAUUUUAG